CUCCUCCCCUUCCGGAUGAUCUUCCCUCCGGUCGCCCAAAGCGGCGGAAGAAGGAAGCUGCACCGAUGGGCGUGGCCUUCCACGACGCGGAGAAGGAGCUCUACGCGGAGCUCUUCGCCUCGGCGGCGGACGGGGACGGGUGGAUCUCGGGGCAGCGGGCGGCGGAGGUGCUGCAGGCGAGCGGCCUGCCGCAGGAUGUGCUCUUCGAGAUCUGGGGCCUGGCGGACGAGGCCCAGGCGGGCGCCCUGGACUUGGAGCGCUUCGGCGUGGCGCUGCGCCUCAUCGCCCACGCGCAGAGUGGGCUGCCGGUCUCCGCGGAGCUGGUGCACCAGGAGCCCUUUGCACCUCCGCGCUUCGAGGGGCCGCAGGAGACACAAGGCCAAGGCCCAGACUCCAACGAGAGGGAGCUCUACGCCGGCUUCUUUGGGCAGCUGGCUCAUGGGGAUCGGAUCCCCGGCAAGGAGGCCUAUGACUUCCUGUGCAGCAGUGGCCUGCCCUGGCAAAGUCUCCAGGACAUUUGGCACUUGGCCGAUGAGCAGCAGCAGGGCUUCCUGGGCUUCGAGAGCUUCGGGGUGGCGCUGCGGCUGGUGGCGCACUGCCAGGCACAGGCCGCGCCGACAAGGGAGCUGGUCUACCAGGAGCCGCUGAGCCCGCCCAUCUUCGACCGCGAGCCGCAGCGACCGUUCCCGGAUGCGCCUUCUGCCACGGAAGGCGGGCCCACAGCCCGCCAGCUGCGGAAGUACGGGCGUCUCUUCUGCCGCACCGUGGCACGCUGGGAGUCCUCGUUGGGCGGCCAGGCGGCCCGGGAGCUGUUCCUCUUGGCCCUGCCAGAGGAGCGGCUGCCUGGCAUUUGGGGCCUCAGCGACAUCGACGGCGACGGGCAGCUGCGCUGGCCCGAGUUCGUGCUGGCGAUGCACCUCAUCCGCCUGGCGCGGCUGGGCCAGGAGCUGGCGGAGGUGCCUGACGCGCUGCGCGCGGCGGUGAAUGCGCUAGCGCCGGCCCCGAGCUACGCGGCGCAGCCCUCCAACUCCCCGCGGAGUUUGUCCCCUGCGCGGGGCGGCUCUGCCUUCGAUGUGGACGGCGAGGGCAAGGGCCAAAACCCCCUGGGGCCCGCGGUUCGCAAUCGAGAUUUGCCAGUGCUGCCAGAGUUCCAGGCGCCAGAGGUGACUGAGGUGACCGAGGUGAAGGAGAAGGAGAAGGCCAAAAAGGAGAAGAAGAAGAAAAAGAAGGACAAGGAUCUCGAGGACACGACUUGGUCCCAAGAGCCCGAGGCCUUCGGUGAGCUGAGCCUGGCGCCAGACCCCUUUUCAACGUGGCCGGCGGUGCAGCCGGAGCCCGCCGGGUCGCCAGAAGCGCAGGGGUCACAGGGGCCGCCUGGCAGGUUUCCUCUUGGGUCACCGUCCGGGUCGCCUACCUUGCCAGUGGCGGAUCCAUUCCAAACGGAGGCUGGCGCCUUCGCGGAAGCGCCGGAUCCGUUUGAGACGGAGGUGGCGAUGAAGGAGGAGUUCGACCCCUUCGGGACCCGCAAGCUCAGCCAGCCAGAGGUGCGAGAGGAACCUCAGCCCGUUGAGCACCUGGUGGCGCUUCUGGAAGAGGAGAAGGGCCUCCUGAGGCGCGCGCGCCAAGACUCCGUGGAGCUUCGGGAGGAGCUCCUUCAGCUGGAGGAGGCCUGCCGCCGUGAGGAGAAGGCUGCCGCAGCACCAGACAGGGGCGAGACCGCGUCGCGGCAGCUGCAGCGGCAGCUGAGCGCCUCCCAGGGCCAACUCGUGGAGCUGCGGGCGGAGUACGAUUUGCUGCGCAGGGAGAGUGUUUUCCUGCGGCAGAAUCAGACAGGCUCCGCAGCCGAGGCGCAGUCCCUCCGACGCCUGCUGGAUGAGUACCGCCGCGAUGUGCAGGUCUUGGAGCGGUCAGUUGGCUUCCUGGAGAGCGCCAAGAGUAGCCUCGAGGCGCAGAAGGUGGCACUGGACACUGCGGCGGCGCGGGUGGAGCUUCAGGUGCGCACGGAGGCGGCGCGGUUGGCAGAGGACCAGCGGGAGCUGCGGGUCCUGCGGAAGGCGCUGGAGUCCCUGCGAGGCAGCCCGAAAGCGGAAGGCUUGGCGGAUGGCUUCGGCUCCCCAGGUGUGGGGCAAAUGCAAAGCCACUGGAGCUCAGGCAUCUCGAUGCUGGAUAGUCCGCCAGACAGAUCCUGGAUGGCAGGCAGAGGCGGCGUGUGAAUCGCGCACGCGCCAAAGGUCGCUGGGGAUUGAACGCAGCGC